AUGUAUAAUUAUGAAUCAAGUGGGAAUGAUAAUGAUGAUGGUGAUUAUAGUAUCAUCAAUGAAAAUAGUUCAAUUUUAAAGAGUUCUAUAAAUAAUAGGAAUGAGAAUGAUCCAAUUUUAAUUAAUAAAAAAUUUUAUAAUAAAUGGAGAGAGAGUGUUGGUGAAUGUGACCCAAUUGAAUUAUCAAUUUUAAAAGGAUCACUUGAAAAUGAUUGUCAAGGUGACAAUAUUUAUUAUUAUGAUGAUAAUAUAAAUAAUAAUAAUAAUAAUAAUAUUAAAAAAGAGAAUUAUUUUUUCAAUAAACUUAAAAUAAUAAUUGAAGGAAUUUUUGUUUUUUUGGAAUUUUUUAUAAUAUUAAUUUUUGGAAGUUUAGAAUUUUUAAAAUAUUUUGGAUUUAUUUUAAAAAAGAUUCAAAUAAAUUUAACAAAUAUUGGAUUUAAUACAACUAUUGGAGAAUGGUUUUCAAUAAUUAAAUAUUCAAUAAAUGGUAUUAAAAGGAGUAAAUUGAAUUAUAGUAUUGGUUUUAUAUCAUGUUUUUUAGUAGUAAUUUUAGUUGCAACUGGUUUAUCAGUAUUAUCAAAUAUAUCAUUAAUAUUUUUAAGUAAAGCAGAUUCUGAUGCUAAUCAUAUAGAUUUAAUAAUAUCAGGAAAACAACAACUUUCAAUAGAUUUAGAAAAAGGUUUUACUAUAAGAUUAAAUUAUACAUUAUUUGAUCAAAUUUUAAAUGAUACAACUAGAGAAAUAAAAGAUGAUAAUAGAGUUGGAGCUGAUGAAAAGAAUACCCAUGGAUUAUAUAGUGGUAGUGGUAUUAGUAAUAAAAAUAGUUUUUUUAAAAAUAAUUCACCAAGAUUUAAUUUUAUAGAUACAUAUGGAUAUCCAGUAAGUUAUUGUGAAAAAGUUGUACAAGAUAAUAUUGAAUCAAGAUACUUUUCAAAUGGGAGUGGUUUAAAUUGCACAGAGAGCACUUGUUUUAUUAAUAGAUGUAGUGGUGAAGGAAAUCAUGUAUUUAUGGGUUUCCAAUUACUAGAUUUUAAAAAAGAGAAUGAUAUGGGUAUAAAAUCAACAUUUGGUUAUGGAUCACAACCAAAAGGAACAUGUUUAAUUAUAGAAUCACUUGCUCAAUCAAUCCAUGCAAAUGUUGGUGAUGAAAUUUUUAUAAUAGUACCAGCAGUUAGAUUAUUAUCAACAUUAUUAACAGAUUCAAUGAUUUCAACAACUCAAAUUGAAAAAUCACCAUAUAUAAUAACAAAAUUAAAAGUUAAUGGAUUUUUCAAUAAUACAGAGAAUCCAUUUGAACUAGGUUUCGAAUUGGGUGAGAUAAUACCAUCAGUUUUAAUAGAUAUUGACUCAUUCUAUGAUUCAAUGGUUGAACAAGUAAAUCCAACAUGGAAUGUAGAUUUAAUGAAAAAUAAAAAUAUAAAAGAAUAUGUUGAAAAUAUAGUUAUGAAAUUUCCAUCCCCCAGAUUGCCAAUGUAUUAUGGUACAGAUUUAGAUAAAACUUUACAAAGAGUAAAUAAAGUUGCCUCGAAAUUAGUUUACAAAAUUGGUGUUGGUAGAGUUGAUAUUUCAACACCAAUAAUGACUGAAUUAUACAAGAGUAACGAAGUUUCAAGUAAUUUAGGUCAAUUAUUAAAUUUAAUAGUUUUUGUAUUCCUUUUAUUAUCAAUUCUUUUAAUUUAUACAACAUUAAUGAUUGAUGUGGAUUCAAUGACAUUUAAUAACGGUGUAUUUAGAAUGUUAGGUGCUAAAUUUAGUUUCAUCAUCGAGCUAAUAGUUUCAAAAACAAUAAUAUUCACAGUCCCAUCAAUUAUAUUAGGUUUAAUAAUUUCUCAAAUCUUUUUAUUUAUAAUUAUAGAUCAAUUAAAACGUUUUACAAAUUCAGAUGAAAUUUCAAAUUAUUUAACAGUAGAUUCAAUUGUUUAUUCAAUUUUACUUGGUUUUCUAAUACCAAUGGUAUCAUUGAUAUUACCAAUUAGAAAAGCAUUAAGUUUUUCAUUAGGUGAGCAAUUGGAUACUAGUAGAUCAAAUAUAUCAUCAUCACAUCAAAUUACAACAAUUGAUAAAGAUUCAACUGAUUCAGAAUAUAGAAAGUAUUUAUCAUGGAUUGGUUUGUCAUUAAGCGCUUUAGGUAUAGUUGGUUGUAUUUUAUUACCAAAAUUAUUAUUAUCUGGUAAUUUUAGUUCAUUAUUAGCAUUAUUAUUUGGAUUGUUAAUUUUAGUUUUAAUAUCAGCAAUUUUCUUAAUGAUGAAUUUCCAUUUAAUCAUUUCAAAAACAUUAGUUUACAUUAUUACUUUAAUAGAUCCUUUUGCAAAAAAUAUAAUCAGAAUAAUUUUAUAUAAAAAUUUAAUUUCUCACAAGAAAAAGAAUAAAAGUACAAUGUUUAUGUUUGGUGUUUCAGUAUCUUUAAUAAUUAUAAUUAAUUGUUUAUAUUUAAUUCAAGUUGAAACUGCAAAUGCUAAUGAGAAACAAUCGUUUGGUUCACUUUUAAAGAUUGAAACUGGUUCCUUUAUCACCAGAGAAGAUUUAUCAAAUAUAACUCUAUGUUUAGAUCGUAUAUUAGAUGAUGAAAAUAAUGAUGAAUUAGAUAGUUAUUCAUUAAGAUCAAUGAAAUUUAGUGAAUUUUCUCAACCCGAUGAUAAGAAAUCAUAUGUUUCUGAUUUUGCUAGAAGUGUAACAUUAAAAUCAUCAUUACAUGCAGUUGGCCCAACUUAUUUCAGUGAAAUAAUGGAAGAUUAUUUUCAAGUUUCAUCAGUUUCAAAAAAUUUAAAAACUGAUAAAGAUGUUGAUUUUAAUCAAAAUGGUGAUAUGACUGAUUUAUCAACGAUUUUAUAUAGCAAAGAUUCAAUGAAUAAAUUAAUAUUAACUCAAUCUCAAAAGAAAUUAAUGUAUCUUGAUGAAAAAGGUGGACCAGAUGAAUUUAUAUUAUCAAAUUAUAUUGAAAUUAAUAACUAUAGAAGAAUAGAUUAUUCAUCAGGUCGAAGUCAAAAACAUAAUGUAACAUUCAACUGGAUGGGUAGAAAUAUAGUGAAACCAUUAGCAUAUUUAAAAACUGCAGGUACAUUUAGUGUAUCUGAAAUUCCGGAUGAAGAUCUUACUCAAAGUGUAAUUACUUCUUUUCCAGCAUAUGUCGGAUUAUCAGGUGGUAAUAUUGAUUCAGUUAGGAAUAUACCAGUUAAUUUAAUUUUAAUUAAACCAAAAUCAUUAGAUGACGAUAAAAUCGAUUCUUUACAAUAUAAAAUUUCAAAAAAUUGUUUAUUUAAUAAAAACUCUGAAAGUCCAUAUAUAAUUAGAUAUAAAGAUUCAUCAAACAGUUCAGAUAAAUUAAAUUCAUUAUUGUUUGAUUUCGCAACAGUAAUCUCUAUAAUAAUAUCAUCAUUUUCAUUAAUUUCAUCAAUGUUUACAAGUAUUAAAAAUCAAUCAAAAGAAAUUGGUAUUCUAAGAUCAAUUGGUUUAUCAAAUUUUAAAAUCUAUAAAAUCUAUAUUAUCGAAGCUUUUACACUUUCAUUUGGUAGUUGUAUAAUUGGUAUUAUUAUUGGUCUUUUCAUUAGCUAUAUUAUUCUAUUAAAACAAUCAAUGAUGGAUCAACAAAUUAUACCAUUUUCAAUUCAAUGGGAAUUAAUUCCUAUACUCUUUAUUUCAUCUUUAAUUGUCUCAAUCAUUUCUGUAAUUUCUCCAAUUAGACAUUUAUUAAAACAAUCAAUCAUAACAGUUUUAAAAGAUUAA